AUAUUUUUUGCGGGUGUUGGAGAAACUUCGCCUGCGUCGGAGCAACUGCAUCGACCUUUUUCUUACAAACGUGAACCGGGUUAGAUAGAAGCUUGCGUCGAAGCUUGGAGUCGUGGAGGACAGUGACUCAUCGUCUUGUUUAUUUGCACUGGCUUUGCGCGAGUCUGUACACAAAGUCGCGCCCGCUGCUGUCGACUUUUCAGUACCAGCACAGCACAUAGCACACAAUGAAGGCUUCGGCGUCUCUCAGAAGUCUACGCCUGAGGCAGGCAAAGGCACCUUUGCUCAGCCGGAACAUUCGUUCUUUUUCAUCCUCGCCACGCAGUUUCGACGAAUCCUCGGAACAAAAUGGACUCAACAAAGUCUCAAGAACAAUCACACAGCCCAAAUCUCAGGGCGCAUCACAGGCCAUGCUGUACGCCACAGGAUUGAGCGAGACCGAUCUGAACAAGGCGCAGGUCGGUAUAUCAUCCGUUUGGUACUCGGGCAAUCCAUGCAACAUGCACUUGAUGGAUCUGUCCAACAUCGUGAAAAAGGGUGUAUCCGACUCGGGACUGGCGCCCAUGCAGUUUAACACCAUUGGCGUAUCUGACGGCAUAUCGAUGGGCACAACGGGCAUGAGAUACAGUUUACAAUCAAGAGAAAUCAUCGCCGACUCGAUAGAGACAGUGAUGAACGGACAAUGGUACGAUGCCAACAUCUCCAUACCAGGUUGCGACAAGAACAUGCCGGGUGUGAUCAUGGCCAUGGGUCGCGUAAACAGACCCUCGAUCAUGGUGUACGGAGGCUCAAUAGCCCCCGGGUGUGCCAGAACCCAGAACAAUGCGGACAUCGACAUCGUCUCCGCCUUUCAGGCCUACGGCCAAUUCAUCACGGGCGAAAUCGACGAGGAGCAACGCUUCGACAUCAUUCGCCACGCGUGUCCCGGCUCAGGCGCCUGCGGCGGCAUGUACACCGCCAACACAAUGGCAUCGGCGAUCGAGACCUUGGGUAUGACGCUCCCAGGCAGCUCAUCGAAUCCAGCCGUAUCCAAAGCCAAACAACUCGAGUGUCUGGCCGCUGGUGGUGCGAUCAAGAAUGCUCUCAACCUCGACCUCCGCCCCCGCGACAUCAUGACACGCGAAGCCUUCGAGGACGCCAUGGUCGUAGUCAUGAUUACCGGAGGCUCCACCAACGCGGUGUUGCAUCUCAUCGCCAUGGCCGACGCCGCCGGCGUCAAACUCACUAUCGACGACUUCCAGCGCGUCAGCGACAAGACGCCAUUCCUCUCCGACCUCAAACCAUCAGGGAAAUACGUGUUCAACGACCUCCACAACAUAGGCGGUAUCCCCACACUCCUCAAGUUUUUGAUCAAAGAAGGCGUCGUCAAGGGCGAGGGUAUGACAAUCACAGGUCAAACACUCAAGAAGAACGUCGAAUCUGCGCCAGAUUUCCCGUCCGAUCAAACGAUCAUCAAGCCGUUCUCCAAUCCGAUCAAGGAGACUGGACACAUCCAGAUUCUACGCGGCAGUCUCGCGCCAGGAGGCAGCGUGGGCAAGAUCACAGGUAAAGAAGGUCUACGAUUCGUAGGCAAAGCCAAAGUCUACGACGCGGAAGAUUUGUUCAUCGAAGCUCUCGAGCGAGGCGAGAUCAAGAAGGGCGAGAAAACGGUGGUGGUGAUCCGGUACGAAGGACCCAAGGGUGGGCCCGGUAUGCCUGAGAUGUUGAAACCCAGUUCCGCGAUCAUGGGCGCGGGUCUGGGUAAAGACGUCGCGUUGAUCACUGAUGGGCGAUUCAGCGGUGGUUCGCACGGGUUCUUGAUCGGGCAUAUCGUGCCGGAAGCCAUGGAGGGUGGACCGAUUGGUUUGGUGAGGGAUGGUGACGAGAUUGUCAUUGAUGCGGAGACGAGGAAGUUGGAUGUCAGUGUUGAUGAGGCGACGCUUCAGCAACGAAGGGAGGAGUGGCUGAAGAAUAAGCCUAGUCCUAGGUAUACGAGGGGUGUGCUGGCGAAGUAUGCUAAGCUUGUGAGUGAUGCGAGUCAGGGAUGUAUUACGGAUAAGGAGGAGUAGCCUUGAGGAAACUUUUGAAAAGGGCCGUGUUACCAUACCACCUUGCAUACUCUGGAUGGGAUUGUACCAAGGCGCGACGGAUAUAGGGUCUCGUGUUCGGCAUAUACUACAUUAGGAGAGGCUUCACGAGCAGCUAUUUUGGAGUCAUGAGGAUCGUCCGAUGAGGAAGGUGAGGACUGACGAAUGAGGUUUACCCCUUGCCUUUAGUCAUGCCUGAUUCAUGUCCGCUACAUAAGAACCUCCGGAUAUGUGCCGCUGAUGUAUUUACUGUAGCACGUUUCAGGCCUGUACUCGGAGUUGCAGCGCUCUUGAGCAGGGCAAUCCUGGCUCCGGCUACAUGUGGAUAGAUAUGGAUACAUAGAAGAACACAUCCAUCUUGUCCGGCCUGAGAUAUCUCCAGAAUUCCUUGGUAAUAAUGCAGUCAGCAUGUACGGAUCUUA